AUGCCUCUCCCACGGCGACGGCGCCCUCCGCGCCCCGGCGCCCUGACGGAGCUCCCGCCGCUGCGCAUCUUGACGCAGAUCCUGGCGCUGCAGGCGCUGUACUAUGUCAGCGCGGUGGUGAUGAUUCUUUUUACGACGCUCGUGAUGGGGACGCCGUUUAGGUUGUUGGAUGAUAUAUUAGGGUGGACGGCGCUGAGGGGGGAUACGACGCAGGGGUGGCUGCUGGGGAUGGUGUGGAUGGUGAAUGCAUUUUUUAUUGUUAUCGCGAUCCUCUUCAUAAUCCAGCGCUCCAAACUCGUCCUCGACUUCGUCAUCACCCUCCACAUCGUUCACCUCAUCCUCGUCUCCCUCUACUCACACGGCCUCCCGCGAAACUGGCUCUGGUGGGCCCUCCAAAUCUGCAGCGCAGUAUUCAUGGUCGUCCUCAGCACCUGGGCGUGUCAGCGCCGCGAGCUACGCCCUAUAAUCUUCGGUGGCUCCGCUGCGUCGCCCACCGACAACGGAUCCGCGAGCGCUGGCGCGGGCGCUGGCCCGUCGGAAUCGAUAGGGGAUGAGGAAUCUGGGUUCUCUGGGGGUGGGAGGAGGGGAAGAGGCCGUGAUGAGGCGGGGGGAUAUGAGAUGGUUCCGAUAAAGACUGAGAGACAGGAGGCGUGAGGACUUCUAGCGGGGGUUCUGCUGGUGUUGUUGUUAUUAUCUACUGUACUGUACGGAGUAUGGGCGAACUAGACAUGGGACGGUUUCAUGGCGUUUGGGGGACUACAAGGCGGACAAGCCUGGGGUGGUCGGGACUGGGAUAUUGGCUAGGCCAUACGGAUACCCUCAUGAUUCUAAUUAAACGAAUUGCUCGGAUUUUUGCGAUGCAAUAUCUGUACAACACAUAUUUUCCAAAUGCCAUAGUUGCAUAUAUUUCACUGGUGUAAAUUCUCCCGUUGACCGAACUGAUAUUUUUGCAAAGCAUUCACGUUACUCUUCAUGUUGGCACCUCAAUAGUUUGAUGUCUCUUGGGGCUAGUUAGAAAUCCAGGCUAC